AACAGGGAUUUUGGGAUUUUACAGCCUACGUGCGGGUAGACAUGAUCUAACCCUGUUAAAAGACGAAAAGGGAAGUCUGCUGGAUCCAUUGAAAGCCAGAGAGGACUCCCGCUGGAGCCGGGGAAUGGGGAUGAUGCUCCUCAGAAGCUUGUGUCUGUCUCUCCUUCUGCUCUCCUCGGUGGAGGCUCAGUAUGAGAAGUACAGCUUCAAAAGUUUUCCCCAGAAGGACAUCAUGCCGCUGGAGUCCGCGUACAAUUACGCGCUGGAGCAGUACGGGGCGCAGAGCUGGGCAGAGAGCCUCCGGUACCUGGAGCUCAGCCUGCGGCUCCACCGGCUGCUGCGGGACAGCGAGGCGUUCUGCGCCCGCAACUGCAGCAGCGCCAGCCGGGACGGAGACUCCCUGCGCCCCGACAGCAGCCUCCGCGUUGUGCGCCACAUCCUGCUGAGGGCUGCCUGCCUGAAAAAGUGCAAGGCAGAUUUCCCCAUUUUUAACUUUUCAUAUCCGCGGAGGGAUUUAUUGGAAACUUUUGAGAAAAGAAUACCGUAUCGGUACAUUCAGUAUGCUUAUUAUCAGCUUAACAACUUGGAGAAGGCUGUGUCAGCAACUCACACCUUCCUGAAGAAAAACCCAGAUGAGCCCUAUUUGACCAAAAACAUGAACUACUACAAGACCCUGUUUGAUGUGGAGGAGUAUCUCAUCGACCAUGAAGAGCAACCAUAUGAGAGUGUUUUCUUAAAGAGCGUGACACUCUAUAACAGUGGGGAUUUCAGCAGCAGUGCCAGAAACAUGGAGCAGGCAAUCACAGAGUAUUUUGAGGUGUACAGCCUCUGCUCAGCAGCCUGCGAAGGCUCAUAUGAAAUCUUGGAGUAUAAAGACUUCUUCCCAACACUUGCAGAUCUGUUCCUUGAUGUGCUGAAAUGUAAAGUGAAAUGUGAGGAGCAGCUGAUGCCCAACGUCGGAGGGUUCUUCGUUGAGAAGUUUGUUGCUACCAUGUAUCACUACCUCCAGUUUUCAUAUUAUAAAUUGAAUGAUGUAAAGAACGCUGCUCCCUGUGCGGCCAGUUACAUGCUCUUUGACCCCAGCGACCAGGUGAUGCAGCAGAACGUGGCCUAUUAUCGAUUCUACCGGGAGCAGUGGGGGUUGCAGGAGGAGGACUUCCAGCCUCGGCCUGAAGCCCAGAGGUAUUACAACCAGACAAUAAAACAAAAAGAAAUGCUUGAUUUUGCACUGAACUACCUACAAACAGAUGAUGAGGACAUUGUGAGCCCAGAAGAAGCAGAAACUUCUCACUCUGACCAACCUGAUGCUGAAUUUGAAGGAAUCGGUGACUAUGAGGAGUCAUUUCUGGCUGAAUGGUGGCAGGAACCCAAAUCUAAGUGGGACACUGGUGAGGAUGCCGACUGACGUCCAUCCUUAUCUCCAAAUGGUGGGGCGGACUCAAUCCCACUUCUCAUGCCUGCAUCCCAAAGACAUUUCAACUAACGGACAUCUACAUUCUCAGCUCUAUUAGGAGAAAACAACACAACAGAUCUUUUGGGGGGCUUUUUUCCAUUCGGUCAUGUUGAUCAAUAUUAGAGACUAACAUGCUCGGUCUCUGCUGCCAACAGCCUGGUUGAAACGGUUCAUUAUCAGCCUUAUUUAAACAGUUUAUCAUCAAUGAGCACACAGUCCAUCAGCCUGUUCGCUCAUUGUUUAAGACUUUUCUGUAGUUUUUCUUUUCUUAUUUUAUUUAAAGAAACCUGAAUGUCUUUGUGCUGUUUUAUAAGUAAGAUGACCUGUAACAUUUCUCGUGCUGAGCAAUGUGUCGGACUCCAGCAGUUUGGUUUUCCUGAGAUGUUGCUCGUAAUUAAAAUGUUAUUUUAAUUUA